CUCCUACUUCUCUUCACUUCUUCCUCCUCCUCCAUCUUCUCAGACACUCUGUCUUUCUGCUUUAGUCACUCACACUCACAUCAAUCAGCAGAUAUGACGUUCCCCCGAGACUUCUUUGAGGAUCUCUCAGGCACCCUCCAAGGCGACUCUCUGGCUCUCUGGCGGGGUCACCACUCGGACUGGCCGGAGGAACGACGACGACCACGGCACGGCAUCCCUCAUCAGCACCAUCUAUCCUCCACCUCCCCCGACUUUCUCGGCGACGGACUCACGGAACCAACUCAGGGCACGGACUGGCCAGGCUUUGCAGGGUCACUGGCUCAAGGCACGCGGCAGCUUGGACUGGUACAGGCCUCUGCUUAUCUCUGGCACUCCCUCCAUCGUGACUGACGAGUCUAGGCCCUCGGCAUGCCCACCUCCCGGAAUAUGCGGCUUCCGACUUCUCACAGCGGCUCGGUCCCCAUGUCCCGCUCGACGAUGAGCGCCUCUGCUCGACUGGACGGCUGGCCAACACCCACCUUCAUCCAACACCCCGUCACCAUCGGCAACAGCAACAAGCGGCCCCGUCCUCGACAACUCGACACCGGCUUCACCGCAUCCUUCACCUACGGCUCGACGGCUCAACCUCCCCUCGGCGGAACCAUUAAUCACAACUCCGCGCUGUAUGAACAGAUGUAUUCACCAGCCGCGUUCAUCGAAAUGCUCAACAACGACUCCGAGCAUCAACCGCAAGUCACCGUAAACAAAAGAGCACGAGUCGCAGGGCCAUCGCCCUCCUCGCUCUUCCCCCACCCGUAUCACGUGUCGCCAAGUACAAGCAUGUCGAGUAAUCUGUCGCCGACGCCCUUGACGCUCUCAAGUGAGGCGAUGAGCCGACAGAGUAGUGCGACGAGUGCCAUGUUCGCCGACGCGUUUGAUAUGUUGCGGGUCGAUUCCACCCUGUCUGAUCCCCCUUUCUUUCCUCUUGAUGAAGCUGAAGAGCAAGCAUUUUGCCAAUCUUUCUUGUCAGAUGUCGCUUCUGAUGUGCUUGGUAAUAGCGAGGCUAUUACUGAUUACUGUCGUGAUGAAUAUGCUUUGACGAGUAGUCUUGGAUUUGGUGCAGUUGGUUCGCAACAGCUUUUCCUUGGUGAUGUUUUUCCUUCCGUUCAUGAUACCGAGGUGAUGCAUCACGAUCAUCGUCAGGAGGCGGCAACGACAUUCACCCAACAAAUGAGGCACAGCCCAUCCCAGCAAAGCAACGAUAGCAAUGUCAGUGGUUCCUCAGAAGACUACCAAGCAGCCACUCAUCUCAAAAGGCAAGUGGCAAACGGCAAGCGGCAAAUCGCCUCCAAGCACACAGCCAGAGGUCCAACAUCCGCCACUCGCACAACAGCCAAGUCUCCUCUCAGACCUCUCCAGCCAUUAGGCACAACGACGAAGCCCAACAACAAACAACCCAUCAGCAAGCAACCCUACAUCCGCCCCCAACACCCCCGCCUCCACUGCACCCUCUGCACCCAACACCUCGGCGGCUUCCGCGGCGAACACGAGCUCCGCCGCCACCACGACCGUGCACACACCCCGACGAAGAAAGUGUGGAUCUGCGUCGACCCGGGGGUGCAACAAACCUCGCCGCCAUCAAAAGCCGAACAAGGGGCAGGCCACCCCGCGCGACCCGUGCGCCCAUUGAACAUCUGUAAGCAGUGCAAGCAGGGGAAGCAGUAUAAUGUGUACUACAAUGCUGCGGCGCAUCUACGGCGGGCGCACUUCUUCCCGCGGAAAAGGGGACGCAAGGCGAGGGGGGAGGAGAGGGAGAGUCGGGCUGGAAAAGCUGGAGGGGAAGUGCCUUCCAUUGCUUGGUUGAAGAGUGCGGGGUUCUUGAGGGAGAUUGAGGUGCGUGCUGAUGGGGUGGGGUCGUAUGUUGAUGAUGAUGAAGAGGAGUUUGACGAGGCUGCGGUGGAUGCUUCUGGUGACGAGCCUUACUUGGGCGAUCACGGUACUUCAAAUGGAGGGAGCGAGGAAGAGCUUGCUGGGCACAUGAUGUCGUGGGCUAUGGAUGAUAUAUCUACGGCAUAUGGGGCAGACGCGGCAUUGGGCAUUUUGGACGACGACUGCGGCAUUUUUGGUGUACUCGACGACUUUGGAGUCCUGGGCGGGUCGGGCUUCUGCUGAGAGCUGGGCAUGCUGUAGUCGCACCUCAUGUAUCUAUUCACUGGGUAGCAAUGCCUUCACUCAUCAUCGGAUCUCUUCAUUCCCGGUUGUUUCUGGCGACGUGGUUUGGUGGGGUUGAUCUGUCGUCGUAUACACUUGAAACCUUAUUUUCGCAGGAAGGCGUGAUGGCUGACAGAGCAUUGCACCUUCCUUCCGAUGGAGAAGCAAUCCAAUGCGA